ACAAAACUUCUGAUGGCGUCCAUGGCGUGUGUGGAUUUUCUCAUUGGGACAUUCCACAUGCCGAUUAGUGUUGUGCACAUUAUACAUAACGGCAAGUGGAUUCUGGGUACAGUGUUGUGCAGCAUCUGGUACAACAUCGGACAGGCUUUGUGUGGAGUCACCGCAAGUCAUAUAUUGUGUAUAGCUGUAGAUAAAUAUCUAGCCGUCUGCAAGCCUUUGGUGUAUAGAGUCCUUACAAAAAGAAUGGGUUACGUUAUGCUUCUCCUGUCAUGGACCCUUCCCAGCGCAAUAUUCUUACUACCUCUGGUCUCAGACUGGUUUGGGACGUCUAUCGACAACCUGACCAAUGGCCAUGAUCAAAUGAUAUCGUGCUCACCUGUUUUAAACAAAAGCAUAUUUUUAUUUUUUUACACCCUGGGAUUUUAUCUCCCGGUAUUAACUACAUACAUUCUGUACGCACUCAUACUUUCAGAAAUCUGGAAAUUUAACAAAAGGAAAACAUAUAAUGCUAAAAACAAUGUGCAAGUAAAUUUCUACUUAAAGAAAAAUAAACUUUCAACAAUUUUUGAGAUUGAAGCCAGCACUCCUACCUCAGACGAAGCAUCUCAUUCGAAGGGAUCUUGCGUAAACAUCACUGUCGAAAGUGACCACCAAUCUAACAAUCCAACAUCAUAUCAGCAAGGCAUCAGCAAGAUGGCGCGUCGCUUUUCCCGAAACAUGAAAGCUAUCCGCACGCUUGGGACAAUUGUGUUGUGUUUCACUUUUUGCUGGGUGCCCUUUUGGGUAUAUGUUGCUAUCAGCUCGUACCAUCAUUCCGAACUGCCUUGCUCUUACUUUUUCCUAAUAGCCUGGUUGGCUUACGUGAACUCAGCAGUCAACCCUGUGCUCUAUAGUUUUUUC